CUGAGAUAGAAGCCUUGAGCGUAUGCCAUAAAUUCUAUUUUUUUUUUGCUGGUAUGCUAUCUUAUUGGGAUCUUUGAAAUUGAAUUGUUAAAAGGUGCCUAAUGCCUAAGUAUAAGCUUCCUAAAAGCUAUAUGACGAAAAUCUAAAUAAAAUUGACCCAAAUCGUUACAACAGGAAAACUCUUUUUCAACCCAUAUAUGCAAUUUAUCUACCAGUGACCGCUACACCUUAAAAGAACACGCGUAACGUCGUAUAAAAACGUCAGCAAAACACUUCCUAAACAUUAACUCACAAUGUAUCUAAUAUACUUCAUUUUGCCCGCUUUAGCUAAAGCGAUUUACGUCAUCACCGUUUACGGAGACGUGUAUAAAGACACGGACUUUUUCACGCGAACGUAUCCAUGGAUCGUGGACAACAUCGGCGGGGACAUCUCCGUAGACUACCACCUGCUGGGGAGCGGCAGGUACUCGGUGCCGCAGAUGUGCGCGCUGGGACAGCUCAGGUCCAAUACCUAUCUGCAGGCGGAAUUUUUGAAAUGCGAGGCUAAAGGUACGAAAAGCGAGAUCUGCCUCUGCAGAAGCGGCAUCGACCCUCAAAAGUUCAGGCAAUGCGUUCUGGAGCGAGGCAACAUGGCGGGCUUGGCUGCCUUCAAGCAUUCCCAGCUCGACUUAGACACGACACCGAUUAUCGAGCUAGGACCCAGAAUCACCGUGUCUCAGGUGCCCGACGAACAUUACCUAAAGAAAAUAUGCACCAUAUUCGGCGACGACAAACCCAGAGGAUGCGUAAAACCAUUCGGGUGCGACAACAGUACGCAAUUUUUGGAGACAAGAGCACUUGCUUACUUCGAUUGUAACAAAAUGGAUGAGUACAUUUGUACCUUGAACAACGUCGCUGUUCCUAUUUGUAACUAGAUGGCGCUACCAACCUCGGCAUUAAGUUUGCGUUGAAGAAGAUGAAAGUUUUGUAAACUAUGUAGUAGAUAGUUCGGAUCAGGUAAACUUAUUAUUUUCAACAAUCGUAUAAGUUACAACAUUUAUUUUGUGUAAGAGUAUUAAAAAUGGCUUUGCUUUUUAUUUAUUCCUUUAAGGCACCGCGCACACGUA